UUUGUUUAGAUUUUUUGAAAGGUUUUGAGGGAUUCUAAUUUGUAAGAGAACAGGGGUCGGUCGGAAAUACGAAACUGUUGGAACUCGGAAAUGGUUUAUCUGAAAUCGGAAAUUUAAAAACAAAAUUCCGACCGACCCCUGGUAACAGGUACUCAAUGAUGAAGCGUGGAAGGUGAUGGACAUGUGAAGAUUAGAAUUGAAAUGGAGUUUGGUAGCUCUUGUUAAGUAGUUUUGUUCGCAACAUUUAGUACGUAUUUCCACUUAUUGUAGUGCUAAUCCUGUCAUUUACUAUAAGAAAAUAGGGCUAAGAGGGAAUCAAAUUACUAAUAAAUUGAGUAUAAAUAUUUAUAAGAUGCGCGCAAAUAAUGCUGAAAAAAAUUUUUGUGAAGAGUGGAAAGAAUUUUUUAUGCGCUACUGUAGACUAGGUUGUGUUUUAAUUAGUUUUUGUUCUUGUUUUAGAGAGAGUUUGCUUGUGGAGAAAAUUAAAAGAAAUCCUCCAGAAAAUUCCUCAAACAUCUUCCAUUGUUGGAGAAAAUCCUGCAGGCAUUUCUGA